ACUAUUUAGAAGGGAAAUUAGCAGUUCAGUGUGUAGUUUGUGUUCGUACUCAGACACGGGGGAAAAAAAGUGUUAGCUUUGUGAGUUAGUUCUCUUCAUUGGCAUCACUUAAAUGCGAAUUCGAGCCUGUUUCAGGGCUGCCUGUCGUGAACCAACUUCAGACACGCCGGUAGCUGGCAACGUUUGUCAACUGGUAUAGAUAGCAUAUAAGUCGAAUGCUGCGAAAGAGAACAAGCAAAGUGACCUAAUUAACAGCACAUUGUACUUUUAACACUCACACUGUCACAUAAACAACUUUAUCAACUGAACGUGGCUGAUUAUGUCAGCAUCAACAGCUGAGGCCAGCUCAUCCCAGCAGCGGGUAAAACACAGCGGCUCCCCAACAUCCUCCUGUUCUUCCUGUAGCAACACCACCGCGGUCCGGUUGCAGCCGAUCCGCGCCACGGUGCCGUACCAGCUUUUGCUUGCAAAUCAGCACAGCCCAACCCGCUCCGUUUCCUCCUCCUUCUCAGCAGCCGGGAGCAACACAGGACCGACGACGUCCCGUUGCUCCAGUCCCGCCAACCCGGGUGGAAGCGGCUCGGACGGUAGGCUGGUCCCCAGGCAGAGACUCGCACCUCCGGAUAGCAGGACCUCGCCGGAACGCCCUCCCUUCUCGCCUCUUUUGAAAGUUGAAAGGAUAAAAUCCCAGCAGGUGCGGAGCUCAGGGGCCAUUUGGCGGACAUCCUCACUGGGCACAAUCACUGGGCCCUACCUCACUGGGCAGUGGCCUCGUGACCCCCAUGUGCACUACCCAUCUUGUAUGAAAGAUAAAUCCACACAGACUCCUGGAUGUUGGCGUGAGGAAACAGUAGAGAAGAAGAGCAGCCACCAGCGCUCUGCGUCCUGGGGCAGCACCGACCAGCUCAAAGAGAUUGUGAAGCUCCGGCAGCAGCUCCAGUGCUAUAAACAAGGAGGACGCUGCAGUAAAGACAAGGACCGACUCUCCCCCCUCCAGUACAACGCCAUCACCCUCACCGCCCUCACCAGCACCACCAGCCACGCCUCCACAACCAGCCACAUUCAGCACUUUUCCAUGUCGAAGUCGGCCCAGAUGCCGCUGUCCAACAUCACAGUGCCAAAGCCCUCCAUUUCCAGGGUGCCCAGCAGCAUGGAGGGCAUCAACCAUGAGCUGGAGAAAGUCUUCAUCAAAGACAAUGGAGAGAAGGAAGAGCUAAAGUCCCUGGAGGUUCCUGAUGGGCGACGGGCACCCUUCCCCCCACAGCAGCGUAGCAGCAGCACUCGCAGUGUGGACACCCAGACUCCCUCAGCCCCCGGCCGGUCCAGCAGCUGCUCCAGCCUGUCGCCCUGCCCCUCGCCUGCCUGCCCACCAGGAUCACACGAUGGCAGUCCUUACUCCACAGAGGAUCUACUGUAUGACCGUGAUAAAGACAGUGGAAGCAGCUCGCCACUGCCCAAGUUUGCCUCCUCGCCAAAACCCAACAACAGUUACAUGUUCAAGCGAGAGCCUCCCGAAGGCUGUGAGAAGAUUAAAGCUUUUGAGGAGAUGAGCUCCAGGCAGUCCACAUCUGCAUCAGUCCCCCUGUUCUCCUGCCCCGACAAAAACAAGGUCAACUUCAUCCCAACGGGCUCAGCGUUCUGCCCUGUCAAACUCCCAGGCUCCCUGCAUCUCACCCCGGCCUCGGAGCCCGAGGAGGACGAGGACAACACAGGCUCCGCCUCAGAGCUCCAGGGGGCCACGUCGCUCUACGGUGCCCCCACUCAGGUCUCCACCAGCACCAGCACAGACGACCCCCCGGAGGAGCCCGGCUCGCCUUCAGAGACUGCAGACCCCCAGACAGACAGCCCGGCCAUCAGCUAGACCUGAGCAGAGCUGGCCUCUGGCUCCAGGAUCCAUGCUAGCGACCACCGAACAUCACCACUGACUGUCCCACCAACACCUCCCUCUUGCUCUGCCAGGGGAGCCUCCGUCUCUCUGUGCUGACCCCCUUCAACCCCCCUAUCUCUGCAUGACGUAGCAACAAUGUCCCAAAUAACCACCACCGCCACCACAAAAACUCGCCACCUUAAUGUUCUGUCCUGCAUAACGUCUGAGCUGUCCUUGGCAGGGAAGGACCUGAUGGUUAAAGGUUUCAUAUGCAGACAUCGGAGGGAAGAGUGGAGCACUAUGGAUGGGGGGAGGGGCAUGCAUUAUAAACUGGUAGUAUAUUUCUGAUUAAAUUAUGUGUUGUGUUCUGUUUCAACAUUCACAGUAUGAAUAAGCUCUCUAAACAUAUAUAUAUAUAUAUAUAUAUAUAUAUAUAUAUAUAUAUAUAUAUAUAUAUAUAUAUAUAUAUAAUAUAAUAUAUACACACAUAUAUCUCUAUGAAAAGAAAGAAAAUGCUUGUUAAAAAAAGUGUAUUGCUGUGUUAUGUACGGAACAGGAAAAACAGCUGUACUAUUCAGGAUUCUGUCUACACUAUCCAGGUCACAUUGUUAAGCCUCUCUAAAAACAUGCAAUGAGAGAAGAAUUCGGCAAAGAGAAAAAAAGAAAAAAAAAGAAACACAAAAUGGCCUCAAAUUGGUUGCACAGUGUCUGCAUCUGGCCUCGCUUCAGGUAUUUCACAAUCAGAGUCUAUACUCAGGUAAUUUGGAAUGUAUGUCCAUACAAAUAUCUGCAGCUUGACAAAGCAGAACAGAUUCACUGUCAUUUCUUCCUGUUUUUAUUUUUUGUUUUGUUUUGUUUUGUUUUUCAUUCCCAGACGAAUCAUUCCUUACUGUUCCAUUGAGUCCAAUCUGAGACGGGGCUCAUGAAAGCUGCAGAGAGUAAAGGGUUGAGGUAGUGGGCAUCCCCUCACGGUUGCCUUCUGACUUGUCCUGUGAUGCUGUAUGGACCACACACACACUGUGACUGAUGGCAUUACUGGCUGUGUGUGUGCUGAUGGAAGCAUGCUGGACAGAGACUCGGAGGACGUUCAGUGGGUUUUCCGUUACUUGAGCCUGAAGACGAUGUGUGAUUGGCUCUCCUGAGCCCGUUGACAGUGGACCAGAAGUGGACAAGUCUGUGGCGCCUUCACAUGAAGAUACAAUCAAACUGAAGCAUUUGGUUCAGGUGCGGUUGGUGGUGAAGUUGUACAAACAUUUUUCUCAAGGGCAGAAAUAAUGUUGUUUUGAUAAUUAUCUCAGUUUUCUAAACCAAAGAAGCAGUUUUAUCUGAAACUUAAGCAAACUUUAUCAAGAGUUGAGCCCGAGCCAUACUGGAUUCCUGAGGAUAUAUAUACGUUUAAAAAAAUAUAUCAAGACAGAUUUUUAAGAUUUAGAACCAACAUUUUUCACAAGAAUCCCUUUGAGUUGAAAUUUUAGAUAGAUAGUUAGAGCAUCACAGGUUAAAUUCAGAAUUUUUCCCAUGUUGAGGUUAUUGUAAAUCUCAAUAAAAAAAACCUUAGCCCCAUGACAUGGGCUCAGGUCAGGCUCUAAUAACGAUAUGAUACUAUUAUUUUGUAAUCAACAAAAUAUACAGAGGAGUGAUUUUUUAUUUUUUUUUGUCCUGACUAAGAUUUGUGACACCUAGGGGAGCAGUAGGACAAAGUUGAUAGGUUAUAUAGAAGAAAGAUUCAGGCGGUGCAUUAUUUAGCACCUUACUUUGAAUCUGAACAUGUUUUUUCUUUGAAGAAACUGAAAUUCUCAAAUGUUAAAAGUUCUCUUCACACAGUCACUAGCACAAUAAUUUGACCUAGAUCAAGUACAGCCUAAGCUUAACCUUGAUUGGCGAGAUUAUGAUUUAAAGCUGCAUAAAUCAUUAUGUUUUAUAAUCAAAUGAAAGGGGUCACACAGAGGAACUUUAGUUUCAAAAUUGCAAAUUGCUGCAUUUCUACAGAGCUUUUAACAUCUUACUAUUUUGGCUUCAUGGCCCACACACCCCUUUCUGAAAACUACCUGCCAACAUCCAGAUAGCACUUACACACAGUUAGUGUCUAACCAAAUGAGUGUUUAGUCUGAUAUAUUUCUCAGGAGCUGAGAAGCCAAACUAAAGCUAAAGGUAAUGCCAGACUUCGUCAGGUGUACACAACACCAGAUUGAUUCAAAUGUUACAACUGUGUACUAACACCUUUGCAGUAUAUGGUAUAUGUAAGUAGAAGGCAGCAAGUUUCAGCUUGUAUUGUUCAACUUUAAAUCAUAAACAGUCUGGUGAAGGAACAAGAUAAGAAACAAGCAAAUCUGAGUUUAUGUUAUCAAUCUGUUCUAUUGGGCACUGUUGGAUCAGUCCCGGGAAAGCAUCAAGGCUCUGACGGAUACAAUCACCAUGGUUUGCACAAGCUGUAACUGAAGUUUAGCCAUACAAGAUGAAUGUUUGUACACCUUUUAACCCCCAACCUGCCGAUCCAAACUUCGACUGUUCUGAUAAUCUGCAUAACUGCUGUCCCAUUAAAAGCAUUCCAUGAGAUUAUAGCAUCCGAGACAUAAAUAGACUCAUGCUGAUUCAUUCCUAAAAUAUCUCUCAGACUUUUUGGUUUGAUCGAUGUAAGAGACUAGCUACAGUACUAAGAGAUGUUUGGUUGCAGAUACAGAAGCACCUUCAUCUGUUCUGAUGCACAGAUAAAAGGAUCAAACUGGCCUGCCUCCCUCUCACUGUCUGUCUGUUAUUACUGAGUGUUGUAGGCACCCUGAUGCUACCACUAAGCAACAAAUCCCUUCUGAACAUCUCAUGUAUCCUGUGCAGAUCACCAUCCUCUAGGCUGUUAAAUGCGCAUCUCCCUGCCCAAGUGUAAAUGAUCCACAACUUUCAUUUGCAAGAGUGAAAUAUAACCCACAUUUGUUUUGAUAUCUGGUGUGCUUGUGGAAUUCCUGCAUUGGCGCUCCAUUCAUAUUUUGUAUAUAUGUGGCUUUUAAAGAGGCUCAAUGCAAUGUUGUGGUUUCUUAAGACAUUUCAGCACCUUAAUCAAGAGCUAUGGCUUUCCCAAUGUCCCACAUAUACUUGGCAUUGGUAAACUAGUUGUGUGCAAUAAUAGGAUAAAAAAAAAAGAAGAAAAAAAACAAAAAAAGAAGGUGUCGUCCUCCCGGAUGUUGUCCGUUCUUUGACACAAGCAUCUCAUCUCGCAUUACUUUGGUUAUGAGCAUGGGGGCUGGAUCAGCAAGUAGUUUGUUGUUAAAGCCAUCAACUGAUACAAAACCAGCACUGAGAGUGACCAGAGCACAUCACUGGCAGGUCAGAGUGUUCAUCAACUCACUACAUGAUACUCCUUGUGUAACCUGCAGUGUCAAAGUUCAUGCACAAUGGCAAUAAAAAAAAACUAUUGGUU